AUAGGUUAGUACUGCAUGCUGACUGUAAGGCAUAUGCGCCACCCACGUACACACUCACUCUCUAUAAAAAACGCAUGGCAUGCUCGGGAGAGCGGAGAGGUGGGCGGGCCACGCGCCAGAGAUAAACGUGGCGAGUAGAGUUAGUCCCUGGCGCGGCGAGCGCGGCGCGCGCUAAUCGACUGCCCGCCAAUCGCCCGCUCGGUACUCCCAGCGCCGCUCCCCCUCCGCCGCCAGCAGCACCGGCUUUCCGGCUGCGUAGCUGCCGCUCUCGAGCAUUCCCUUCACGCCAAAGUCGCAAAUGAUAUUGCCAUCCUUGUCCAUGGGGUCGGCGAACUCAAAAUACGGCUUCGUGCAGGUCACGACUUCGCCCGAUACAACAGUCAAGUGGACCGACUUCUUGCUCACGACGGCCUCUUUGCCGACGUCGAAGGCGCACUCGAAGUCCUCCUUGCUCACGACAGCCUCCUGGCUCUCGGCAAGCUUGCGGAAGAAGCCACGGACGAAAAGGUACGCCGCCUCGUCUGGCACGACCGUCUCCCAGCAGACGACCGCCGGCACGCCCUUGUGGAUGCACGCCUUCGCGAGCUCGAGAGACUCGCAGCCGUUGAGGACGACCAGCCGAACUUGGCUCCGGGCCAGAAGCUCUGCCACCUGGUCGUUGUCCACCUCCGUCGACGUGAUCUGGCCCUCCGAGUUAGUGAAACCGAGCCGCUUCUCGCGGAAAGGGC